AUGAGACUGCUGGCUCUGCUGCUGAUUGUUGGAGCUGCUGCGGCAGUUCCCCGUGAAGAUGGACGGAUCAUUGGCGGGCAGGAUUGCGAGCCUCACUCUCGUCCAUACAUGGCCUCCCUCAACUAUGGCUACCACUUCUGUGGUGGGGUGCUCAUCAACAACCAGUGGGUCCUCUCUGUUGCCCACUGUUGGUACAAUCCCUAUGCCAUGCAGAUCAUCCUGGGAGAACACGAUGUGCGAGUGUUUGAGGGUACUGAGCAGAUCGCCAAGACCGACACCAUCAUCUGGCACCCUAGCUAUGACUACCAGACUCUGGAUUAUGACAUCAUGCUGAUCAAGCUCUUCCACCCUGUGGAGGUGACCGAGGCAGUCGCACCCAUCCCGUUGCCCAGAGGGUGCCCGUUCGCUGGGCUCCCCUGCACUGUGUCUGGCUGGGGAUACAUUACCAUAGAUGGCGAGAUUAGCGUACCCAACCGUCUGCAGUGUUUGGACGUGCCCAUAGUUGAUGAGCAGGACUGUAAGAAUUCCUAUCCAGGCAUGAUCACACCCAGGAUGGUGUGUGCGGGAUACAUGGAUGGAGGCAGAGACGUGUGCAAUGGUGACUCUGGCAGUCCUUUGGUGUGUGAGGGGGAAUUACAAGGCCUGGUGUCAUGGGGUCAGGGAUGUGCUGAGCCUAACUACCCCGGCGUCUAUGUCAAAGUGUGUGAGUUCCUCUACUGGAUUCAAGACACCCUGGCAGCCUACCCCUGA